CCGAUGUCACUUCUAAUGACUCCGAAGCCCUCAGGACAAUAUAUGAACUAUGUCCAGUCGCUCCCUUCACCAUGCAUUGAUCACUUUGACCAAAGUUGGUAUGACACUUCGGAAAGCCAAUACCUUACAGUAUUAAUCGUGUUUCACUUAACAGGAACAGGAUUGGAGAAGGAGACCAUAGCGGGCUACACUAACAAAGCAAGCAAGCAUUGCGACAAAGUCAAGUACGAAGGCGAGUUCUCAGUCCCUUCGACGUUCGGAGAAGUAGGCGCGGUGGUGGUAGAGAACGAGCACCUCAAGGAGAUGUAUCUCCACAACAUCGUGCUCACCCCUGCGGGCGACAAUGCCACCUCCCUCACCAUCGAUUGUAGAUCGUGGGUGCACUCCAAAUUCGAUAACCCUGAGAAAAGGGUCUUCUUUACUAGCAAGUCCUACUUGCCUUCUCAAACCCCAUCAGGGCUCGAGAGGUUCAGAAAGAAAGAGCUGGCGAACAUACGAGGGGAUGGCACAGGGGAACGGAAGCCAUUCGAGAGGAUAUACGACUACGACACAUACAAUGAUCUCGGCGAUCCUGACAAAAGCGAGGAUCUGGCGAGGCCCGUCCUUGGCGGAAGCAAAGAGUUCCCUUAUCCGCGUCGAUGCCGCACCGGUCGCCCGAGAACCAAGAAAGACCCACUUUCUGAAGAACGAAGCAGCAGC